AUGACGUGGGAUAAUCGAAUAGGUGUAAAAACCCUACUCAUGGAGAAGAGGAAUGAUUACACAUUCAACUUAUGGCUGCAAUUUGGAGACAGGAUAACCAAGAAACCACAUCCCUGGCACUCGAGUAAAUUGUACAUGCCUCUGACCCUUAGUCACAACAGCACCACCCCCAUUGCCACGGAGUGGGAGCGCAGGCGGAGGGUGGGGGCCAGACAGCGGGGUGUGAGCUGCGGUGCAGAUGUCACGUGGCCUGUGCUUUGGACCGUGGUGCGUACCUAUGCUCCCUAUGUCACCUUUCCCGUGGCCUUCGUGGUUGGGGCUGUGGGCUACCACCUGGAAUGGUUCGUCAGGGUGAAGGAUCCCCAGCUUGUGGAGGAGAAGAGCAUCUCAGAGCGCCAGGAGGACCGCAAGCUGGAUGAGCUGCUAGGCAAGGACCACACCCAGGUCGUGAGCCUUAAGGACAAGCUGGAAUUUGUCCCUAAAGCUGUCCUGAACAGAAACCGCCCGGAGAAGAAUUAA